UCCCGCUGUCCGGUGAGGCAGCCGCCAUAUUUUCUCCGGUUACAAAUGGCGAAUAACAACGCGGCGGCCCUCGGGGGGACCCCGCAAGCCACUCAGACAGGUGGUGGUGGGAACAAGCCUGCGCCCUCUGGGAAGCCUGGGAAUGUGCUCCCGCUGUGGGGCAAUGAAAAGACUAUGAAUCUCAAUCCUAUGAUUCUGACCAACAUCUUGUCUUCUCCAUAUUUCAAGGUUCAGCUGUAUGAGCUGAAGACCUACCAUGAAGUGGUGGACGAAAUCUACUUUAAGGUAAAUCAUGUGGAACCAUGGGAGAAAGGAAGUCGAAAAACUGCUGGACAAACCGGGAUGUGCGGGGGGGUACGUGGCGUCGGUACAGGUGGCAUUGUCUCAACGGCCUUCUGUCUUCUCUAUAAGCUGUUCACCUUGAAGUUGACAAGAAAGCAAGUAAUGGGUCUUAUCACACACACAGAUUCCCCUUACAUUAGAGCACUUGGGUUCAUGUACAUAAGGUACACACAACCCCCUACAGACUUGUGGGACUGGUAUGAAGACUUUCUCGAUGACGAAGAGGACCUGGAUGUGAAAGCUGGUGGAGGCUGUGUAAUGACAAUAGGAGAGAUGUUACGUUCAUUCCUUACUAAGCUGGAGUGGUUCUCCACCCUGUUUCCAAGAAUCCCUGUUCCAGUGCAAAAACAAAUAGACCAGCAAAUCAAAAGCAAGCCAAGAAAGGUCAAGAACGAAACCGCUGAAGAAGCAGAGGCAGUUCAGCGCCAUGUUGAGAGGAGGCGGUCCAGGUCUCCAAAAAGGUCCAUAAGUCCUCGAAGGUCUCCUAGGAGAUCAAGGAGCAGAAGCCAUCAUAGGGAUCAUCAUGGGACAUCAAGUUUUGAUAGGGAACUAGAGAGAGAAAGGGAACGUCAGCGGAUAGAACGUGAAUCCAAAGACAAACGUAGAUCACGGAGCAGUGAACGUAAAAGAAGCAAAAGUAGAGAGCGACCUAGGAGUCGGAGCAGAGAGCGCAAGACAGACCGGAGAGACAAGGAUAGAGAAAAAGAAAAUGAGAGGAGCAGAAAGCGAGACUAUGACAAAAAGGGCAAUGGCAGGGAAAAGGAUACAGAUAGACCCAGGGAGCGUUCAAAAGAACGCAAAAGAAGUGAGGAGAGGAAGGACAGAGAGGACAGACGACACAGAGAAGACAGAGAAUUGCGCAAGGAAAGGAGACACAGCAGAAGUAGGAGCAAAGACAGGAAACCGAGAAAGAGUAGAAGCCCUAGCAGAAAUGCUCGUGGGAGAAGUCGAAGCAAAGAAAAGUCUAACAGGCAAAAGGAGAAGUUGAACAAACCUAGUAGAAGCAGUAGUCGUGGACGAACAGACAGUCCUGAAAAGUCCCGAAAGAGAGAACACAGCUCAAGUAGGGAGAGGCCGCGGAAGAGAAGUCGGAGUAAAGACAGAGGCCAUAAGCGCGAGCACGAAAACAAGGACCAUGACCGUCACAGCUCAGACAAUGAAGAAAAACAAAGCGUGAAAGAUGAUACUCAGUGAUAUUGCAAUAAAUGGAUCACAUUGAAUCCUUUUUUAUUUUUAUUUUUUUCUUCCCUUCUCCUACCUCCCCCUGAUUCUGUAGCGCUCGUUUUUGGUUCAAAACGAGUUGCAUUAUAACUUGUAUGUAGGGAAGUGCCUUUUGGGAAUCUCCUAUAUUUUGGACACUACUCCUACCUUCCCUACAGUUACUCAUGCUCUCUGCUGUCAUGCAGCUACUGUUGUGUUUUUAUCGGUUCGCUGUUCCUGAAACGUUCAGACCGUUAUUGGCAAUUCCAUGAUGUUUUAAUUCUUUUUCUGGCACAAUAAACCUGCUGGUCCAGUUUAAGUGGCAUUAAAUUUGUCACUUCCCAUCCUAACGCUCGUGAGGUUGUGGUUUACCUCCUGACGCUGCGUGCAUGGCUUAGCUGGCAUUUGGAUAGAAUGGCUCUUUUUGUUUUGUUUUUUAUGAAAUGAAUGCAAAUAUAACAUUAAAUUUUUUUGUCAUUGUCUAACUGUAAACAGUUUUUAAAAAAAAUACACUUUGAUCUAUUA